AAGCCUCCUUCUUGAAUUCCAGAAUGGGUGCCACAGUCCAGGCUUGCUGCAUCCUGGAAGCUCACUCUACUUCAGUAUGCAGUGAGACCCAGGUACGCAGGGACGCAGUGUGCGGUCAGACCCAGGUGCGCAGGGACGCAGUGUGCGGUCAGACCCAGGUGCGCAGGGACGCAGUGUGCGGUCAGACCCAGGUGUGCAGGGAUGCAGUGUGCGGUCAGACCCAGGUGUGCAGGGAUGCAGUGUGCGGUCAUAUGAAUCCAGGUAUGCAGGGAUGCAGUGUGCGUCAGACCCAGAUACCCAGGGAUGCGUGCGGUCAGACCCAGGUGUGCAGGGAUACAGUGUGCGGUCAGACCCAGGUGUGCAGGGAUGCAGUGUGCGGUCAUAUCCAGGUAUGCAGGGAUGCAGUGUGCGGUCAGACCCAGAUACCCAGGGAUGCAGUGUGCGGUCAGACCCAGAUACCCAGGGAUGCAGUGUGCGGUCAGACCCAGAUACCCAGGGAUGCAGUGUGCGGUCAGACCCAGGUGUGCAGGGGUGCAGUGUGCGGUCAGACCCAGGUAUGCAGGGAUGCAGUGUGCGGUCAGACCCAGGUGUGCAGGGGUGCAGUGUGUGGUUCGACCCAGUUAGGUGGUCCUUAAACAUGCCAUGCUGGUUUGCCUCUGGGGACUUCACCUGUGCUCUUCCAUUGUUCCUCUUUUCCUCACUUCCUUCAGGUUUCUGUACAAAUGUCACCUCCUCAGAGAGGCCUCAUCUGACCCCACUCAAAAUUAGCAGCCACAAAGAGGUAUAAUAUACUGAGAAAAAUUUA